AUGUCGCUCUUUGCCCCACGACCGAUGGAGGAGCGGGCCUCUGUUAUCCUCCCUACCGUAACCUGCUCGUCUUGCUCGGCCCCCAUCCCAUUGUCAAGCCUGACGGAGCACGUCUGCCGCCCUCCAUCAGCCCAAGCGCAGCAACGGGCCCAACCCCGGCAACCGCCCAAGCUCGCUCAAAUCACCAUACCUCCAGUGGAAUAUGGCCGGGCUGGACCCUCUUACCGCGGUCCCCCCUCCUUCGGGUCCGAGCCCUCUCCCUCAUUCAAGCGACCCUUUGCCAACUCGCCCGCGUCAUCCAGCGCAUCCCCCACGUCCCUCAACAUCCCUCUCCACAAUCCCUCGCCCGCGACCCUCCAGGCUCCCAGUCCGGCUUUCGGCGCCCCUUCGCCACGCACACCAUCCCCUACCAAUCCAUUCUUCCCGCACAACUCGCCCGCGCCAGAACCAGUCAUCGUCCACGGUCUCGGGCUGGGAGUGGGCAAGGCGCAAGGUCCCUUCCCGACCGACGCGCCAUUACCGCCGGGAGUGCAGAUGGACCCGAUGGCGUCAGCGCCGGAUAUGAUGAGCGGUGGAAAUGCGGGUAUGGCGGGCGUGGGACGCAGAGCGUUCGCUGCUGCUGCGUGGGGCGUACGGGCAGGCGUGGCGAUGGCGCAAGCACCGCAGCGGGCGCGGCAGCAGGAGAUGCCCUCGGCGCCCCAAUUGCCUUCUCAAGCUUUUCCUCUCGCUCACCCACAUCGCGGUCCAUCGCCCCAACCCGGUCCACCACCUCAUCGCGGCCCGACACCCGUCCCGACCCACACACAACCACCGCCGCCAGCCCAGAGGGGACCGUCACCCAUACCGCCCCAUUCGCGCGUCAUGUCCCCUUCACUCUCAGAAGAGGGUUCGUCUUACUUUGAGCGGCAACCCACAUUGGCUAGCGGACCCCAGUCUGCUGGCCCAGCACGCGAACCACCGCUCCUCCCGCGCGCACCACUCUCGCAGCGUCCGCGCGGUCAGACACUCCCAAGCCCUACCGAAUCUACCGUCCCUUCUCAGUCACACAUCCCCAUUCCGCUCAUCCGGAAAGACUCUGCUUCGCCCCACCUCGGCCGGCAGAACUCGUUCGACUCGGCCACUUCCUCCCACCUUACCGGAUCGCCCGCCGCGGAGUCCAUCUCGCAGCUCAUCCGAGCGCGCCAGGCAUCGGGAGAUCAGCCAAAAGCCACCAACAAGGCCUUCUUUGACCGGUACAAGGCGAUGGUGGCUACCUCGUCCGGCUCGUCCACUCCGUCCGGCGGUACCGCAUCGCCUAUGCUGGGCUUCGGUCCUAGCCUGUCUCGGCGGAGCUCGGAGGACAAGGUCCAAAUCACAGACAGUCCGGAGCCUCACCAGUCCCCGCUAUCCGAGGAGGACGACGAUGAGUCUGCUCUCCCGUGGGCUCGACCUGGACUCGCCGACUCGCCGGAAAUCCAGCACCUCCCCAAACUCACCAAAGGCCCCACGGCACCGGCGAGUCAGCUCCGGCGGCACCGGCCGGCGCAGAGCGAGGGGUCGAGCAAUUCAUCCUCUAUGAAUUCGCGGAGAGGCGGGGCGAGCGUCGAGUCGGAAGAGGUGGUGACGCCCAGUGCGUCCUGGGAGGGGAUUGCGGAGCAGCGGGAUGCGCGGUCAGGCUUGAAUAUCGGCGUGGAGGUCAGGGAGAGGCUGGAGCAGAUUGAGGAGGAUGAGAGUGAGGGCGAGAGACUGCUUUUUGGCGGCGGAGGACAUCACGACCACAAACACGGCCACGCCCACUCACACGGCCUCAAACCGUCCGCUUCGAACGGGACACUCGCUUCGGCCGCUUCGGCACUGUACGACGUCCAUUCCCGCGCCAACACUGCACCCGAGCGACGCGGAUCUUCCUCCGCCUCGGCCACGUCCUCACAGCGCCGCACCAAGACUUGCGUGAAAUGCAACGAGGUCGUUGGCGGUACGAAACGCUUUGUCGAGCGGGACGGGGUCGUUCUUUGCGAAAAGGACUGGAAGAAGCUGUACCUUCCCUCUUGCCGGCGGUGUCAGCUGCCCAUUGAGAAGAGUGCGGUGUCAUCCUCGGAUGGGCAAUUGAAGGGGAAAUGGCAUCGCGCGUGCUUUACGUGUACGAGCUGCGAUAGGCCAUUUGAGGGUGAUAGCUUUUAUGUGCAUGGUGGGAAACCAUGGUGCCAGUACCAUUAUCACGAGGAGAAUGGCUCUCUUUGCGCCGCACCCACCUGCCGGAAACCUAUCGAAGGCGCCUGCGUUCUCACCCCCGAUAUGCAGCGCUUCCACCCCUCUCACCUCACAUGCGACCACGCCGGACCCUCAGGCACGAAAAAGUGCCGGGAGAACAUGGACGAGUACUAUGAAGUGGGGAAACAACGGUUCUGCGAGCGGCAUGUAGGGGAUGCACUACGGAAGGGAGGGAAGGGCGGAGCAGUCGAUAUGGGACGGGCGGAGAAGAGGCGGACGAAAUUGGUUGAUAUGAGUGGUGCGGGAGGGGCAGGGUUUGGGCUUGGGUUUGGGGGAUCGGCGGGGCUGGGAGCGAGUGGGUUGAGAUGA